UUUUAUAAAUUGGCCGGAAAAAACUAGUUUUGUCCGUCGUCUCUGCUAGUGGAAGGAGAGCAGGGAUAAUAAUUGGAUUGCCUGAUGCCGAUUAGGGAUCUUCUCUGAUUUCUUGCUUUAAGUCUUGCUAAGGUGGUAUUCUUUUAACUAUAUAAGAGACAUGACUGAGGUGAUUAUUGAUACUGAUAAACAAAGUAAACGGCGUUUACCUACAUGGAUGCAUGGCAGUGAUACUUUGAAAAAUGAAAAAUUGGGAAAUUUAGAUGAAUCAUGUUCAAUAUCAGGCAAUCAAACAGCGCCUCAGGGUAGUGUUUCUAUGGUAGAAUCCAUGUCAAGCGAGGCUGAUGUGAGACUAGCUGAACUGAAAAAAAAUUUAGACGGUAAAGAAAUCCUUGCAAAAAACUGUUCAAAGAAAAACACCAGGAAAUCGAAAAAAUGUGAUGGUUCUAAAGAUUUUACUUGUAAAUCUAGUGGAACUAAGAGAAAACCCGAGGUGAAGAAUGUUGAAUGUGGAAAGUCUAUGGAUAUUCAGCACAUGAAGUUAAAAAGUGCCAAAAGCAACUCUGUGAAAGUUUUAUCCCAAGGAAUGACGGGGGAUGCAGCAGAACUGACCUUUGAAGAUUUAAUUAGUAUUGCUGAAGAGUUUCUUACUUCAGACAAGGAAAUGCAGAAAGAGCAGUCUGUUGCACGAAAAUCUGAAUCCAAUUCUAUUCCUAUUAGCUCAUCGGAAUCCUCCAUCCCCCACAGAGGAGAAUUCAGAUCCUGUCAAGUGUUAUCAAAAUGCACUCAAACGCGCAGUUCUCAUCUAAAGGAAUCUGCUACUUCUGCCAAAAAAAUUAUAGGAUCAGGAGAUGCUGCUCAGGACAUGCUUGAACUCUUCCUUGGUCCUCUUUUAAACAAAGCUCCUCCUGUAAAGGAGCCUGAUCCUGAUGUAACAAGAGAACUACUGGCCUCAACUUAUGAAUCAGAUAGCCUUGUCAGAAGCUUUGUGGAUGUUGCAAAACAGGUAACUUUUAUUAAAAAGAAGAGUAGUCUUAAAGAUAAAGUGGCCAUGUUUUUUUGAUUUCCUAGUCCAGCAAUGCACAAUCUUCAAAAUCUGCUUCUAUUUGAGCUAUUUUUUUCUGUUGAGCUCCAUAUUUCAGGAUUUCUACUGAAGUAAUUUAAAAUUAUUACCUGUAAUUUGGUUGCCAAGAUGAUGCCAAUUAUACAUGUACAGAUUGACAUUUGUAACAACUUGUAGUAUAGUUUUCAUUCCUUGGAUCAAAUGUUUGCUAAGUUGAUGAUG